AUGGCCGACUCCUUACCGGGAGAAAUGCAAUCGCGCGUCUUCUUCGAUACGGUUGAGACGCUGAACACAUGGGAUGAGUGUGUGGAACGCGCCAAGGCGGAGGUUGGGCUCUCGCCCAAGAACGCAGGUGACCUGGUGGUGCUGGGCCGAGGUCAGCGAGGCAUGUCGUAUGAGGGCACCGAUGUCUCGAAAGGGGAUGUUGAUCAAAGCCUGAGUCAUAUGAGCAAGGCUCUGAUCAGCGGCAACGUCAAGGCUAGCAUUUUGGUUAUCCAAGCGGUGCGGAAGGGGUACUAG